GAGAAUUUGGGGCGAGAAGGACUGAUGAAAGUAAAUUCUCAGUUUUGUUUUAAGUUUUAUUCUUCCAUGAUGAAGUUAUUAUUAUUUUUCAUUCUUGGCUGCGGAAAGGUUGUUGCAGAUACGUGCAUGGCAGGGGACUUCAAUUUAACACCAAUACAGGAAUGGGAAACAUGGAACCUCAGAACCGACAAGUUAGCUUCCACGUCCUCGGCGUUCUACAUGAACUUGUGCGGCACAGUCGCACCGACGGGGAGUGGCAAUUCAUGCCCCGCCGGCAGCUCUGUUUGCCUUAAAAUGGGCCAGACGUACCGGAAUGUGGGGAACCACAAUCAAACAGUGAGUGCCACGGCCAAUGCCAAUGGGGGAGGUUUUCGCUUGGAUUACCGAGGGGAGGAAUGUGCCAACAGCACAGCAAAUCCCAAGGAGAAGUGGCAAACGACUAUCGAUUUCAAGUGCGAUAAAACAUUAGGUUCACCUGUUUUCAUUGAGCGUUCCGGCUGCACAUAUUUCUUUGAGUGGCACAGCACUGUAGCCUGUAAGAACCUCGUCACAGCACCCAUCCAUGAAGUGCCCUGCUCUGUCUACGACAACGGCAACAAAAAGCGGGACCUGACCCCACUCAUCAAGCAACUUGGCGGGUACAAAGUCGACUCUGAAACGGCAGACCAAGACCUGUACAUCAACGUGUGCAGGGAUCUGACACCAGACGGGCCAACAGCCAAUUGCCCAACGGGCAGUGCCGCGUGUUGGAUCACCCGCUCCACAGGCACUGAUGGCGCAGUCACUACCAGCGUGGUCAGCGUCGGCGAAGCAUCCAGCCGUUUGCAGACCAUCGGCCAUGAGCAAUUGGAGCUGCGUUACACCACCGAGACCACCCCCGCCGAUUGCCUCAGCUCACCGCAAGUGACCAUCGAGUUUGUCUGUCCCCGCGAGGGAGGCAGAAACGAAGGGAGUCAGAAUCCUAAACUCCUGUCCAGCACCAACUGUCACUACGAGGUGCAGUGGGUGACGGAGUUUGCCUGCAAGGCCGAGAUGCUGACCACAGACACCUGCGCCUUCACCAACGAUCAGCACGGCAUCGACCUAGAUCUGAGUCCACUCACAGACACAUCCAGGAAAGCCCCUAAACUUGCCGCUGGAGGAGGAUACAAUUAUUGGUUAGACGUUUGUCAGGACACGACAAUUGACUGCCCAGAUGGGGACCGCCACGGGGCUGUGUGCCAGAAAUUGUCGUCUGGAGAGAAUGGGGUUGUUGCCGGCGUCAACGACAAGCAUGUUCUGAGCUAUGCUGAUGGAGAGUUGACUCUGACAUACAGGGGCGGAGCUGUUUGCAGCAAUGGCUUUCCGCGCACAUCUGUCAUCUCGUUUGAAUGCAGCAAGACCGCAGGUGUCGGGAACCCUACCUUUGUGACGGAGACCGAGUGUACGUAUUUCUUCGAGUGGCAGACCCAGUACGCUUGCCUGGACCACCCGCUGGGCAAGUCCUGCCGCGUGGACAUGGGUGGCCAGCGCUACGACCUCUCGCCCCUGGUCCGGGAGGCCGGGUCCAACUGGCAGGCACUGGAUGGUCAGCAUCAGCACAGUGCUCCGUCCGAGGGCGAGUACCUCAUCAACGUCUGUGCCGAAAUCAUCCCUGAGGGGCUACAUUACCACGCGGCGUGCCCCGAGAAGUCGGCAGCUUGCCUGAUCGAUCACGAUAAUAACCCGUAUAGUCUCGGCCAGUACAAGGAAUCACCUGUUUUCAGAAACGGCCACAUCACACUGACAUACUACAAUGGCACAAAGUGCAGCGGCCAAGCCAAGACAGUCAUCACGUUCAUAUGUGCUUACGGUGACUUGGAGAGUGCGCCCUCAUUUGUCCGCAAAUCCUCAGACGAAUGUCUGUACGAGUUUGAGUGGCGAACAGCGGCUGCCUGUCCCCUGGGCCACAAGUGGGGGACGGACUGCCGGGUGUUUGAUGACGAUGCUGGGUUCUCCUUUGAUCUGAGCCGUCUCACAUCAGCUAACAAGUUCUACAACAUGACGGACGGUGACUACGACUAUUACAUCAAUGUCUGCGCUCCAAUCGCUGACACCCCUUGCAACGACGGGUCAAUCCCCAACCCUGCCGCUUGCCAGGUCAAACGGGACUCCAGUAGUGGUGAAAAGUGGGUUCUUGGACGCAUCAACAAGACCCUGGAGUAUUUUGAUGGAGUCGUCAAGCUGACAUACCUCAACGGGACUCCCUACCACGUUCAAGAUGGUGCAGAGCAAGUGAAGCGCAGGGCAGAGAUAGCAUUCCUGUGCGCCCCCGACCAGGAUCCGGGAUAUCCCACUUUCAAGUACGAGGCAGACAACGCGUACGUCUUCAACUGGUACACCAGAUACGCUUGCCCGGAAGAACCAAUCGAGUGUGUGGUUACUGAUGACACAGCGCACAAGCAGUACGACUUGUCAAGCUUGUCGAAGUCAUUGGAGGAAGACAACUGGUCAUUUGUGGAUGAUUCAGAUCUCUAUGGCAACCGCAAGAAGUACUACAUCAACGUGUGCCGGCCGGUAAACCCAGUCAAGGGUUGCGGCGCUUUUGCCGGAGCUUGUCAGACAGAAUUCAACAACAGUCAGGAGGUCCCCAGCGUCAGCUCCUUGGGAGUCCCCAAGUCUAAGCCGGUCAUUGAGAGCGAAGGCCACCUGCUCCUGGUCUACACUAAUGGCAGCGCCUGCAACGGUGGGGCCGGGCAGGUGGAGAGCCGCAUCCAUUUCAGCUGCAGGAAGGGUGUGCUGGGGAGCAGCCCAAGACUCCUGGAGAAGGUCAACGACUGUCACUACUCCUUCAUCUGGGAGACGGAAGCCGCCUGCCCCAUCGACAUGACCAGCGGAGAAGACUGCACUGUCAAGGACCCCAACUCGGAGUACGUCUUCAACAUGCAGACGCUGAUCAAACCGGAUGGCUUUUAUAAUGUCUCUGGGCCCUCGGGCAGCCGUUUCCAGCUCAACAUCUGCGGCAACGUGACUGGCGGCAACAGCCACUGUGUGUCUGGGAACGGGAAGCCACUCAGCUCCUGUAAGAUCAGUCCAGACGGCAGCUCAGCCGAAAACAUCGGCAUGCUCUCACAGCAGUUGAAAUUUUCUGACGACGGGCUCCUGACACUUACGUACGAGGGGGGAAAUGCAGGCCACGGUUUCAACUUCAAGACGGAUAUCACAUUCCUGUGUCGUCGCAACGCCUCACUCAACAACCAGAAGCCCACCUUCGUCCGCCAGGAGGGCUAUGCCUACAUUUUCAACUUCGAGACCCCGCUGGCCUGCCUGCCGGAGUCGGUGGACUGCCUGGUGUCGGAUGGGCAGGGCAACCAGUACGACUUGUCAUCGUUGGCCAAGGACAGCGGGAACUGGGAGGCAGUGGACACGCGACCAGGAACACAGAUGAGUUACUACAUCAAUGUGUGCCGCCCGGUCAAUUCGCUCGGCACCGACACUCAGUUCUGCCCAGGGGGGCCAAUUGGUGCCUGUCAGACCACUGAUGACAACAGGGCAUUCAACAUGGGUUACGUGCAGGCCAUGCCCGAGGCAGCAGUGGAUGGUUCCCUGAGCAUACGCUACGUCAACGGCGAUCUCUGUCAUAACAAAUACCACCGCAGCACGCGCAUCAACUUUGAGUGCUCCACAACGCCUGGGUCACCGGUAUUUGAGUUGGAAACGGCAAGUUGUGAGUACAUAUUCACAUGGGAGACGCCAGCGGCAUGUCCGUUAAAGAGAGUUAUAGGAGCAGACUGCGUUGUUCAGGCCCCAAAUUACGGAUUCCAAUUUGACUUAUCAGCUCUCCACAACACCCAGCAUGAUUACGUGGUGAGCGCCCCACCUUACGAAUACCACAUCAACGUGUGUGGUCCGCUCGUCAGCAGAGAUGGAGAUUGCAGUGGGGAAAACGUCGGAGCCUGUCAGUUGAAGCCCGGAGAAGACAGCUUCAUUAAGAAUGCUGGCCUCUUUAACCAGAAUCUCCAGUACAACGACGGUGCACUGAAGCUUAACUACACCACGGGAACCAAGAACUGUCACUCCAACACCUACGAGCGCUCCACCGCCAUCAACUUCUUCUGCGAUGAAGGAGUGCAAGGUGUUGGCCAGCCGUCAUUCAUCCAAGAGGAUUCCGACUGCACUUACAUCUUUGAGUGGGCCACACCACAAGCCUGCCCCCCGUUCAAGGUUGUGGAAUGCAGUUACAGUGAUGACAAGCAGCAGUUUGAUCUGGCGUCGCUGGCUCGGGUGGAUGACAACUACCGCGUUGACCCCAUGGCAACCGUUGGAAACGACGUGUACUUCAUCAAUGUCUGUCGUUCGCUGUUGCAUAAGUCCUCAGCACAGGGUUCUACUUGUCCGCACAAUGCAGCUGCGUGCUUGAAGCAAGGCGACAAGUAUUUUAAUUUGGGCGAGGUCAGCCAAGGGCCCACUUUGGAAAACGGCCACCUGGUCCUGAGGUAUGAGAACGGUGACCCUUGCCCCUCUGGAGGCGGAGCUAACCGCAGCACAGUCAUCAGCCUGGAAUGUGACAAGGAAGGGGUGGGGAGCACUCCACAGUACACCUUCACCAGCGACAACUGUGAGUACCAUUUCAUCUGGCUGACCAACUUGGCUUGCACCAUCAACCAGGAGAAAGAAGAAGUGACGGCAGACUGCACUGCGGUUAAUCCAGCUACUGGGUACAAGUUUGACUUGAACAUCUUGCAGAGCUCGGCGGGUUACACCGUCCACAGCGACAAGGGUCACCAGUAUGUCUUCUCACUCUGCAAGGGGCCGUUGGAGAACUCGGCAUGCACCGGUGACAACAUUGGUUGUUGUCAGAUGGAAACGGCCACCACGAACCCCCGCAAUUUCAACAGUGGGCUCUUCAAUCGCAGCCUGCAUUUCCGCGACGGCACCUUGUUUUUGAACUAUGAGCACGGCGCGCCCUGCCACAAUGGCGCCUUCACCCGGAGCACCGUCAUCAACUUCGUAUGCUCGCUAGAUCGCGGUGCCAUCGGGGAGCCCGUGUUCGUGGACGAGUCAGAGGACUGUACCUACUACAUCUCGUGGCACACCUCCAUCGUUUGCGAGGAAUUUAUUCAGUGCAAUGUGAUCAAUGGGUCACAGGUCAUUGACCUUUCACCCCUGGUCAGUGACCGGGGCUACUAUCUGGCCAAGUCCCUGGCCGACGACAAACAGUACUAUAUCAACCUCUGUCGACCUUUGAAUCCUAUCCCUGGAGUCAGGUGUCCGCCGGGGUCAGCAGCUUGCUUGGAUCAGACCAGCGGUCAAGUGAAUCUAGGAAGAGUGAAUGAUGGGCCGAAGAUUGUCGACGGCCAUGUCGUCAUGAGCUACACCAAGGGAGAUGUCUGCCCAGAGGACAAUCAGAAGAACAUCUCCACGCUGAUCACACUGUUCUGUGAGCGGGGCACUUCCCAAGGCACCCCGACCAUGGAGAGCUACAGUGAGUGCACCUAUCACUUCUCCUGGUUGACCAACGCCGUCUGUCCGCCCGCCAAGCCUUCCAAAGGAAAGGACUGCAAAUACUUUGACAACAGACUGCAGUAUGAGUACGACCUCAGCUCGCUGGCCGAGAGCGAACAAGAGGUCACCGGACCUGAUAAUGCCGUGUACAGAGUCCACCUGUGCAACGCAGUGUCCAGCGGGGACAGUCAGUGCCAGGACUCGGCGGUCUGCCUGCAGGACAAUGGCGGGGUCUACUCGCUGGGGACCGUGGAGUCCCAGGAGUUCCUGACAGAGGGGCACGUUGUGAAGUUGCAGUACACCGGUGGCUCGCCCUGCGAAGGAAGUGCUUCCAAGAAAAGGAAAACGAUCAUUUUCUUCAAGUGUUCAGAGACCGUCAAGCCCAACCAGCCGACCUUCUUUUCAUCGGACAACGCCUGCAACUACAUGUUCCAGUGGGAGACGCCUCUGGCCUGUCCGCCACUGAGCAUGCCCUGUGACCUGGCCUACAUGGAGAAGGCCUACGACCUCCAGCCUCUUUCGCUCAUCACGGGCAGUUGGCCAUUCCAAGACAGCGAGGGAAACAAAUACUUCCUGAACCUGUGCCAGCCAGCAUUCAACACACCAGACGAGUGCCCCAAAGAGGCCAGCAUUUGCAGGCAGCGACCCGACGGAACGGUGGACGUGCUGGGCAUGGUCUACACGCAGCUACUCAACGCCGAAGGAGAUGCCAGCAACCCCAGUCUGCAUGUCACCUUCCGAGAGGGGAAGCAGGGCGCCUGCGGCAAGGGGAACAAUGCCAUCGCCGAGAGCGAGAUCAUCCUCACCUGCUCCGAUAGGGUGGGACGUCCCAGACUGAAAAGUGUUUCCCCCCCUAACGAUUCGGAAUGCAGGUUCAUCUUUGUCUGGGAGUCCAAGGUCGCUUGCAGCGAAGAGAGGGUUGCCGUCGAGGUGACGAAUGGAAAGGUGACUGAUCCGGAGACUAAGGCGACCUUUGACCUUUCACCCCUCAUUAAACACAGCACCUGGGUAGCCGAGGGAGAUGAACGAGAUGAGAAAAGUGGAGAAAAGUCGGUCUACACUUACUACAUUAGCCUUGGUUCAACCAUUUCCCAAGUAGACGGGGACGCCAACGGAGUCUGUAGCACUGCCGCUGUCUGCCAGAGCAAACAAGACGACCCAUUCUUCAGGAACAUUGGUGAUGUGUCGCAGGAAAAAUUCUUCAUGAAGGAUGAAAUCUUGGAGAUGGUGAUCACCAACCCCAACACCUGCCGGAAGAAAGGUGUGGAAGACGUGGAGACGACCAUCGUCUUCCAGUGUGAUCCCAACAUAGGAUUGGGGAAGCCCACUUUUGAUUUUGAGUCCAUCAGUUGCCAGUACUACUUCCUGUGGCUGACGUCAACGAUGUGCAACACAGCGAUUCCUACUCAGGCUCCCAAGCCCAACAGUGGGGGCGGAGGGGGUGGAGGGGGCAAAGGGGGGUCAGACAGCCCCGCCAGUGGGGCGACCUCCAAGGUCCCCGUGGUGAUGGGCAUACUCGUAGGCGUCGUUGUGCUCUGUCUGCUCAUCAUUGUAUUCCACAAGUCAGAGAGAAGGUCAGCUGUUUACUAUAAACUCAGGGGCCUGUUUCCUGGGGCAUACAGUAAUGUGCCCAGUUACUCAUAUUCACAGCUUUCCAAUGGCGAUGUUGAGGAGUCUUUACUCGGCCAGAGCAAUGCCCGGAGCAUCUACAGUGACGAUGAGGAUGAAGAGCUGAUACGUGAUACCAGCAAGGGCAGUACCAUGGAGUACAGAGACGAUAGCGAUGAAGACAUCUUGCCCACUGUAUAAUGUAGGAUCGUUUAUCGAGGCUUCAAGAAGUAGCCAAGGUGCCGACGUGACCAAGCACUCACUACUCAACUUGAGUGACCAAGCACUCACUACUCAACUUGAGUGACCGAGCACUCAAGCGAGCAUUUUGGGGUAAGGGUGCCUGUUGUCGGAGAGCGUUCCCUGUCCCUCCAGGCAUUCCACUUCCCAGAAUUGAACGGUCUAGCCUUAAAUUAAGCCUCUUCAACCAAUUUGUGGAGCCAGAUCUUGUUGGUUCUGAUGCUUGAAAAUGCAUUAUGUGUGCUAAAACAUAUAAAGCCUUUGGAAUUUUCUAUUGGAAACUAUAAUCAAGUUCCUGCAAGUUUGUGUGAUUAAUAGUGACUUUGUGAUUAUGAAAUGUCUCCAACCCUUGCCAAAAAAAGUGGACAAGUUUUUGUGUUGUGACUAUAUCGGCAGCAAGUAUGAUUUUCUUUUUCAGAUAAUCAGAUUUUACAUGUGCUUCUAAUAAGUAUAAAUAAGUUCCAGUGGAGCUGUUGCAGCAUUUGUCACACUAGUCCAUCUGGUGCCAAGUAGUACCAUCCAUUUCCAAGUUAUUCCAUGUUGUUUGCUUGGUUCUCAAAGUUCUUUUCAAAUCAGAAUGAGCAUUUGAUGAUUUUCGGUUCCUUUAGGCUCCGUUUUGUUCCAGCUGAAUUGUUUUGGUUCUACUAAUCAGUUCCGGUUAAUUUUGGUUCUUUUAUGACUAACAAGUUCCUGUUAGUUGACAUUACUUCACCUCAGCUCCUGUUUGUUCAGGUCCUCCAGUCUGUGCGAGAUCUAUUCUAAUGGCUACCAAGCAGUUCUAAAAUGUAAAUACUUGCUAUUUGAGGUGGUCUAUUAUAUUAUUGGGCAAUGUGUACCUGUUUUGUACUUUGCUAACUAUAAUUUUUCUAUGUCUUUCCAUUUAUUCAUCCCAGCCCAGCCCAAUUUCUUCAAAAUUCUACAUCAAAGUACUUUGAUGGAUUUUAAAGGAUUUGGGACCACACAGCCUAUCAUUGUUAUACUUCUCAUGGGCACUGGUUAUGUUUUGAUGAACUCUCAGAGGUUCUUUACAAAAACUCCAAAGACAGAUGUAAUUGCUCAAGUACCAGAUGAUGGUACUUGAGAAUCAGUUCCUCUAUUCCGUUCUGGCGUGUGCUUUAAAGUGGUUUCUUCUUGGUUCUAAGACAAGAACUUUGUGAUGGGACUCAAGCAUUGAAAUAUACUUUGUAUUGUGUGUUUUGUGUAUAGAGUGAAACUCGGUGUUCCAACCAUGUUGUUGUUCCCUCUUGGUGUGUGUAUAAAGCGCUGUUUAAUUGUAUUUAUGAAAAGUGCAUUUUAAUCAUGGGAAAAGUCAACAGAAUUUUAUAUCUACUUGAAGGAGAACAAUAGUUGUGCAAAGUGAAUGUAUUUUUUGCUUAAACAGAAAAGACCAAGAAUCGAGCGGUGGUGACUUUUAAAAAUACCCCCCCUUUAAAAUCUGACAAUGAAACUUUUUGAUGGGUACUUAAACUGUGACACAUCAGGUAACAGAAAUAAAUAGUGACAACCUGGAAACUUUUUUUCGUAGCUCAUAGCAAGUUUAUUAAACUCCAAGACGGAAUCGAGGAAUUUUCAAACCAGACAAUAGCCAUCAUUACAAGGAACAGAGUACAGUGGUACGGGGCUGGUGAUUGACGUUAUCUUGUAACAUUGGUGAUAUAUUUUUCUAACCAGUUUAGAAACAUUGAAAAAUAGAAGUUGCUUUCAGAGUUACUUAGUAUUAAUGGAAUUAAUACCAAUUUUCAUGAACGUAUGCACAUAAUUUACAGAGAUAUGAGGUACCACAACUCUAUCAAGCCAUUGAUUUGGUUUUCUGCUCAAAAAUAAAGAUGCUGUAAACCACUACCGAGGCCGAAAAAGGUUCUGAGAUAAUUUUGGUGAUGUCUGCCGAAAGUCCCUAUUUGUUUGAGAUGAAGUGGCUUGAUUUUUAAGACUUGAGUUGAAUUUCUUCAUAUUUGGAUUUGCAAAAGGAAUUGUUUGAUUUCUUCAUAUAGUGUCAACCUGAAAGGUGCGUAUUGAUUUGUCAUCAAGACCAUAAGUUUUUAUUUUGUUUUGUUCCUUCAAAUCAUGAUUUAAAACUAAAAUUUCAUUUUGCAGUUUGUAAUAUUACUUUUACUAUUCUUAAUUUUGAGAUAUUUGAAAUGUCUGUCUGGAGUACAUCUAUCCUAGAUAUAUAAAAUAAAGUAAAUAUAAAUGAAAGUGAAUUAAAAUUAAAAGAAAAAAGCUGGAAAUUAUCUGUUGUAAUUGCUGCAUUAAAAUAUAAGAAAUGCCAUCUAAUAA